UCCGCGCGACUCACUGCUUUUCCAGGACAAGACCUUCGUCUUUCCCUUUGCGCGUUUACAUCAACAGCAGACUAUUACUGAUUGAGAUGGACAAUAACGUGGUGCAGAUUUUUAAGGAUGACAAAUGUCCAUCGGCUCAUCCCGAGGACUGUUUUCCAAACUUCACAUGGCAGCCUGGGUUCUCUGACAUGUCCAACUACUCGCUGAAUGAAAGCAGGACGAACGACACCGAGUCGAUGUCCCCUAUCAUAACCAUCAUCACAGCCGUCUACUCGGUAGUGUUCGUUGUGGGACUGGUGGGAAACUGCCUGGUGAUGUUUGUCAUUAUCAGAUACACUAAGAUGAAAACAGCCACCAACAUCUACAUCUUUAACCUGGCUGUGGCUGAUGCCCUGGUGACAACCAGCAUGCCGUUCCAGAACACAGACUACCUGCUCAACUCCUGGCCCUUUGGAGAGGUGGUGUGCAAGGUCGUCAUCUCCAUCGACUACUACAACAUGUUCACCAGCAUCUUCACCCUCACCAUGAUGAGCGUGGACCGCUACAUUGCCGUCUGCCACCCGGUCAAGGCUCUGGACUUCCGCACACCCCUUAAGGCUAAGAUCAUCAACGUCCUCAUCUGGGUUCUGUCCUCUGCCGCUGGUAUCCCCGCCAUGGUCCUUGGAAGCACUCAGACCAACAAUGGCACCACGGAGUGUGCGCUACAGUUCCCCGAACCCUACAUCUACUGGGACACACUGAUGAAGAUCUGUGUCUUCAUCUUCGGCUUUGUCGUGCCCCUUCUCAUCAUCACCGUGUGCUACACGCUGAUGGUGCUGCGGCUGAAGAGCGUGCGCCUGCUGUCGGGUUCCCGCGAGAAAGACCGCAACUUGCGGCGGAUCACGCGCCUGGUGCUUGUGGUUGUGGCUGUGUUCGUCGUGUGCUGGACGCCCAUACACAUCUUCAUCCUGGUCAAGGUGCUGGCGCCCGAUGUGCCUGAGACCACGGCCAUCACAGGUGCCUACUUCUUCUGCGUGGCACUGGGUUACACCAACAGCAGCCUCAACCCCAUCCUCUAUGCCUUCCUGGAUGAGAACUUCAAGCGCUGCUUCCGGGACUUCUGCUGCCCGGGUCGAGGCCAGGCUGAUAGGCAGGGCGUGCUGCGCGUCCGGAGCACCAUACGCGAGCACACGUGCCCGGUGGAGGGCGCAGGCGGUGGUGGUAGGCCUGUAUGACUAGACUUGGAGCUGUCCUCCUUCCUGGGCGAGGAGGACUCGAACGAGUUAGGACUGACGCAGGUCACCACUGCCGUAUGAGGAGGUGCCACAGCAGCGGAGAUUUGCCUUGUAGGUGUGUGCGAUGCAUGUUUUUCGGAGGCACAUAAAUGGAAUCGUCGAUUGUGUGAUGAUUAAAAGCAUUUUGUUCUAAUUAUGACCAGACAUAUGGAUUUGUUUUAAAAUACUGCCAUGUUUUGGUAAACAUAUGUUUGAAUAUAUUCAUGGAACUGAGAAUGUCUAAUAAGGUCUGAGUAAACCUUUAGAUUAAUUUUCAUGCUGGGGGGAAGGCACACAUAUAGGGUCACUGUAACCCAGCCCCUCUCUGCCCUCUGCAUUGGCUGCAUAUUGUAAACAACCUGCCCUGUCCUAUAUCGUUACAUUUUGAAAUCUCUGCACCCAAAUACCCUAAAAGAGGCUGUAAUGCUCCCUUCUCUCAGUCAAAACAUCAACACCCCACUCAGUACCAUGCGAUAUUAUGUGAUUAUUUUUUAAGGAAUGCCCAAGAGCCAGUGACCAAAGACUGAUAAAAGAUUAAUUGUUCAGUGUAUGUAUUGCUCUGUGUCUAAACAUUACAGAAUUACAUUUGCUAUAUAUACAUUAUGGGAGAAAAUCAAGUAUAGUGCAAAUGGACAGUGAUGCAGUGUCUUUAUGUUUAAAUAAUGCGAAAACUGAAACGAAAGUGUGUGGAGAAGUGUAUUUGUAAAAGUGUUUUAGGAGGUGUUUAUUUGAUUACUGUGAAAUCUUUCUGUCACAGGCAAGCCAAAAUCAACAACAGCGUUACAUAUUUACU